UCACUUCCAAAGCUUCUCAAACAAUGGCUGAUCAAGUCGAAUCAGAUGUUCCCGCAGCUGCUCUUGCGAAAAAGAGAACGUUCAAGAAGUUUUCCUUCAAAGGAGUUGAUCUUGAUGCUCUUCUCGACAUGCCCACUAAUGAUCUUGUCGAGCUCUUCCCGUCCCGUAUUCGAAGAAGGUUGAAUAGAGGAAUGACAAGGAAGCCAAUGGCUCUCAUCAAGAAAUUGCGCAAAGCGAAACUAGAAGCACCAGCCGGGGAGAAGCCAGAAGUAGUGAGAACACACCUAAGGAACAUGGUGAUUAUGCCUGAAAUGAUUGGAAGCAUCAUCGGAGUGUACAAUGGAAAAACUUUUAACCAAAUCGAGAUCAAACCGGAGAUGAUCGGACAUUACCUUGCGGAAUUCUCAAUCUCUUACAAACCAGUUAAGCACGGUAGGCCUGGUCAGGGUGCUACACACUCCUCUAGGUUUAUCCCCCUCAAGUGAAACCAUUACAAGACUUCAAUUCAUGUUGUUUCUACCAUUUUCUUUUAUUUUGAUCAUAAAAUAUUUCUUAUAAUAUUGUUCCUUUUGUCUUUAGACUUUUUUUCUUAUCUGUAUUACUUUUC